UCGACCGACCUCCACACUCCUCUUAUUAGCGAAAAUUCUAGACCAAAAGCGACAAAUAUAAUUAUUAAAUAUAUUAAAAGAAAAAAUGCAGCAGUGCUAUAACAGAGGUUGCGGCCAGCUCUUUGAUCCAACCACCAACUCGGAUGAAUCAUGCCGGCAUCAUCCAGGUGCGCCGUUCUUCCAUGAUGCAUAUAAAGGAUGGUCGUGUUGCAGUAAAAAGUCGGUUGACUUUACAGAAUUUCUUAAUAUCAAAGGAUGUACAUUGGCAAAGCAUUCGAAUGUUAAACCUCCCGAGCCGGAAAAACCGGCCAAAGAUGACGGAGCCGACAAGGAUGUUGAAAUUGAAGUGCGCGCUCCCAUAAGGGAAUCACUUCCCAGGCCCGCUAUCGAAACGCCAUUGACGGUCUUGCAGCCGACAGUGGCACCUGCAUUAAAGGAGACCAUUGAUUCGUUGAAAAUCAACCCAGUCGCUGCCCCAACUGAAGCUGUAACUGAUGAUGGUGGAAUUGCUAUUGGAACCAGCUGCAAAAACAACGGCUGCACUUACUCUUAUACAAGCACAAGCAACGACUAUAGCGAGUGCACCUAUCAUCCUGGUGUUCCUAUAUUUCAUGAAGGCAUGAAAUUCUGGUCGUGCUGCCAGAAACGCACUUCCGAUUUUGCUCAAUUCAUGGCCCAAAAAGGCUGUGUCUAUGGUCAGCACAAAUGGAUUAAAGAGGACGAAGACAAAAAGAUAGUACAAUGCCGAUAUGAUUGGCAUCAGACGGCUACAAAUGUGGUUGUUGCAAUUUAUGCCAAAAAAUAUCAUUAUGCUCAAAGUCUCAUUGAAGUGAAUCCCAUUCGGCUACACGUUAUGUUGGUCUUCCCAGAGCAGGAAAAUGCCAAGUUUAGCUUGGACCUGGAACUGCGCGGUAUCAUAAAUGUGGAAAAGGCUUCGGUACAAAUGUAUGGUACCAAGGUGGAGAUAACAAUGCCAAAGCUAGAACCAGGUUCAUGGCCAAAACUUAAUUUUCCGCGCGAAGUGCUGCCAGCUGCAAGGAAGAGUUCUGAUCAAGCUCAAGCCAAAACAACCAACGAUGAAAGUGAUGAGGAAUUCUUCGACUUGGAUGAUAUACAAUCUGUUCAAAGCCAUGGACUCAAAUUAUCGGAAAUGAGCCUGCAGAAUCCCAACGGAUUGGAUUGAUAACACGCUAGCAUUUUAUUGUAGAGCCCACUGAGGAUUAUGUUGAGCUUUUUUGUAUACAAUACACGAGUAUGCCUUA